AUGGGUUUACCAGGAAUAGACCAUCCUUGUCCGAUGUACACGUCGGCAAUCGGUCGAGAACAUCAGGAAAUCCGUAGCCCUCGACAUCCAGCUCGAGUCGAUGGGACUGUUCGAGGACAUUGGUGUGCAUGUCGUAGCAUGCACCAUGCCUUUGCGGAUGAUGCUAUACGAUGUGCUACCGGACUUGGAAUCCGUGUCCCCUGCUUGGCCCCGAGGCGCAAUAGGAGCAUCAAGGCCACAGCUGAUAGCCUCCACGCACAGUUGCUUGAACCUCAGGACGUCAACACCAACCAGCAUAGGUCGUCGUCCAUCCAAUGCCCGAACUGCCAGCAGACUGUCUUCCCGUCCGAGGACGACUACACCGAGCAUCACAAAAAGAAGCAUCCCGAGGAUCGAGUGCAGCUUGCGCACCCUCUCUGCCAUUCCAAGCAGACGAAUUAG